GGCAGUCUGAAAUGGGCUCAGAUUCCAGGCUGUUCUAGCCCCACCUCAACCCCUGGCCGGGGAGUGUGGAGUGUGCUGGCCGGUGCCUCCCUCCUAGUUUCUGGGGUACCUGAGGACCACCCUGCAGGCCUGCGGGAUGGAGCAUGACAGUGAGAAGAAGCAGGCCUCAGUGUGCAACCUGGUGGCUGUGUUUGAGAACAGCAGGACUGUGGGAAUAAUGCCUGGACCCCAUAGCCUUGAUGAUCAGCCCCAUAGCCCUGAACACCAGCUGCCCCUGUCUCCAGAGCCUUGGGAGGCACCUCGUGGUGAGGAGGCCUUGAAGUCUGAGCUGCGGACAGUCAGCAGGACAUAUCUGAGCUCCCUCAAAAAUAAGCUAUCGAGUGGAGCUUGGAGGAAAUCCUGCCAGCCUGAGGCCAGCCCAGGACUAGAGACACAGGAACCUGAGGAGAAGAGGGUCGUGCGGGAGCUUCUGGAGACGGAGCAGGCCUAUGUGGCUCGCCUGCAUCUGCUUGACCAGGUGUUCUUCCAGGAGCUGCUGAAGGAGGCAGGCCGCAGCAAGGCCUUCCCUGAGGAUGUGGUGAGGCUCAUCUUCUCCAACAUCUCCUCCAUCUAUUGCUUCCAUGCACAGUUCUUCCUUCCAGAGCUGCAGCGGCGUGUGGAUGACUGGACAGCCACACCCCGCAUUGGGGAUGUGAUCCAGAAACUGGCCCCGUUCCUGAAGAUGUACAGCGAGUAUGUGAAGAAUUUCGAGCGGGCAGCGGAGCUGCUGGCCACCUGGAUGGACAAGUCUCAGCCCUUCCAGGAGGUGGUCACCCGCAUCCAGCUCAGCGAGGCCUCGGGCAGCCUGACCCUGCAGCACCACAUGCUGGAGCCAGUGCAGAGAAUCCCGCGGUACGAACUGCUACUCAAGGAAUAUGUGCAGAAGCUGCCAGCCCAGGCCCCAGACCGCGCGGACGCCCAGAAAGCACUGGACAUGAUCUUCUUGGCCGCACAGCACUCCAAUGCUGCCAUUGCAGAGAUGGAACGCCUGCAGGGCUUGUGGGAGGUAUACCAGCGCCUGGGCCUGGAGGAUGACAUCGUGGACCCCUCCAACACCCUGCUCCGAGAGGGCCCUGUCCUCAAGAUCUCUUUCCGCCGCAGCGACCCGAUGGAACGCUACCUGUUUUUGUUCAACAACAUGCUGCUUUAUUGUAUACCCCGCGUCCUCCAAGUGGGUGCCCAGUUCCAGGUGCGGACCCGCAUCGAUGUGGCUGGCAUGAAGGUGCGGGAACUGACUGACGCUGAGUUCCCACACUCCUUCCUGGUGUCCGGAAAGCAGCGCACACUGGAGCUGCAGGCCCGGUCCAGAGAGGAAAUGAUUUCCUGGAUGCAGGCCUGCCAGGCAGCUAUUGACCAAGUCGAGAAGCGGAGUGAAACCUUCAAGGCUGCUGUCCAGGGACCUCAGGGGGACACAGAGGAGCCCAAGCCACAGACAGAGGAACUGGGCCUCCGAGCGCCUCAGUGGGUCCGAGACAAGAUGGUGACCAUGUGUAUGCGCUGCCAGGAGCCUUUCAAUGCCCUGACGCGUCGGCGCCACCACUGCCGGGCUUGCGGUUAUGUGGUCUGUGCCAAGUGCUCCGACUACCGUGCAGAGCUGAAAUACGACAGCAACAGGCCCAACCGAGUCUGCCUGGCCUGCUACACGUUUCUCACCGGCAACGUGCUCCCUGACAGCAAAGAGGAUAAGAGGAGAGGCAUCUUGGAGAAAGAGUCCUUGGCAGGGCCUGACCAGAGUCUGGUGUGCGGCUUUCUGCAGCUCAUGGGAGACAAGUGGGGCAGGAGUGGCCCCCGGGGCUGGUGUGUGAUCCCCCGAGAUGACCCCCUCGUGCUGUAUGUCUACGCAGCCCCCCAGGACAUGAAGGCUCACACCUCCAUCCCCCUGCUGGGCUACCAGGUGACUGCAGGACCCCAGGGGGACCCUCGGGUUUUCCAGCUGCAACAGUCAGGCCAGCUGUACACCUUCAAAGCGGAGUCUGAGGAGCUGCAGGGCCGCUGGGUGAGGGCUAUCAAGCGUGCAGCUGGUGGCUGGACCCCUGAGGGGCCUGAUGAAGAGGACAUGUCUGACUGAACCACAGCUGGCUGUUCUUCAGGAGCGUUGCCCAGGACAGCCUUUCCGGGCUGACCCCGCUGCUCUGUGACUCCACCACCCAGCAGGUUACCGUGACGCACUCUGUCAUCUAUGUCCAGAUGUUCAUCCCGACUCUGCAUCCAGUAGAUUCGGGUCCUUUCCUUCAGGAAAACUCAACUAAGUGUCCUGGCUGGCUAGGGGCUGGGGUCCCUGAGCUGUGAGUUCUUCAUUGCUGAAACAGGGACAUGUGACCAGUGUUGUAGCUUAGUGCCUGCCUAGCACAUGUGAGUCCUGAACUGAGUCCUCAGCAUGUCACAUGGUGAGGCAUACCUGUGAUCCCUGCGAUUAGGUAGAGGAAGGAGGACAAAAGUUCAAGGUUGGCCUUGGCUAC